AUGUCCAAGUUAAACUUUGGAAAAAUUACUGAACGCCAUAAAUGGGAAUUCCAGCUGAGUCGAGAAGUGGCCAGUCUUUCUGAGGCAUCUUUAAAAUUACCCACAAAAAAGUCGAACAGUGCUAAGGCAAAUGUAUCAAAUGAAGUGAAAAAUAUACUGGCGAGAAAAAAUGAAAUUGAGGAGAAGUUGAAAAACAUCAAUUCUUUCAUACCGGAUUUCUAUAAAUUACAGAGAAAUGCAGAGAGUUCUUCGAAGUUGGUCAGUUGUGCAUCAAAACUUGCUUUAGAGCUCAGCGAAAAAGUGGAACAAUUGGAUUUUGUGAAAAAUAAUGUACUCAAGUGUGUAGAGAAACUGAAUCACAUAAUUACACUAAAGAAUUCUGCACUUGGCGUUAAAGGUUGUCUUGUCGACUGUAAACUGGACGAGGCAGCGGGUUAUGUGUAUACUUACCUAGGAAUGGAAAAAGAAGUGAUAUCUCUUGUUAAACGAUUAAUUGCUGCAGAUAAUGAUGAUGAUAACAAUCCUUUGACAACGCUAAACAAUUGUCGACAAAUACUUGUAAAGAAGACAAUUGAAAAAUUUGAUGAAUCUAUUGCAAAACAUGAUGAAAAGAAUAUUGUACACUUGUUAAAAAUAUUUUUCCUAUUGGGUGAAUCUAAUCAAGGCAUUGAACGUUUCGCUGCCCAUCUUUGUUCAAAUAUUUCUGGUAAAUGUGAUACAUUGUUAACAUUUUUCAAGUCACCACCACCACCGCCAACUACUACUACUACUACUGCACAGCCAACUGAUUUUGUAUGGGCUAAUAUGAUAACAGAGAUUCUAGAAUUUGUCGCUGAUACACUGAAAACAAAUUCAAUCUAUGUGGAAACAUACUGUGGUCCAGGCAAUAUAUUUGAACUGGUAUCCUCCAUUCAAUCUGUUGUUGAUCAGUAUAUCAAAUGUAUAAUUGAACGUUUCGUAAAUCAUCAUCGUCUUGAUGAAUUGUGUUCAAUGAUUAAGAAGUGGAAUAAUCACUGUUUGUUAUACAACAAAAGAUAUGAUACACCUUUACAGUCUAAUAAUUAUCAUAAUAAUAAUAAUAGUAAUAAUAACAAAGAUAGACUUGCUGAUCCAACAAAUGAUACAGGACUUGAUCGUAUAUUGGUCAUUGAACCGGUGAUUGUUGAACUGCUACAGAUCAUCACAUGCUCAGAACUCUACCUACGAUUUAUACAUAGACGAAUUUUGGGUGACAUCAAACAGUGCAAUCUCGAAGAGAAUGAUUAUAAAUUGAAAGUCAAUGAAAUUUCCAAGUUUUUCGACAAUUCUCAAAUUAUUUACCAAGUACAGAAUUUACUAAGCAAAUAUAUCGUUAUAGAGGAGUAUUAUCUUCGAGUGACAAUAACUAAGGCAUUAAGCUUAAAUGAAGUGGAUAAGUCUGGUAAUGUCUGGCGUUUCAUUGAUGAUGUGUUCUUCAUCACGAAGAAAAGCCUUAGUCGAUCAUUUUCAUCUGGUGAUGUGGAUAGUAUAUGCGCUAUGGUGAAUAACAGUUGUUCAAUAUUAAUCGAUCUUAUGGUGAAUGACACAUUAGCCAACUAUAUACGUGUUGGCUUCCCCUCAGGAUGGAUGCAAGAUGCCUACAGCUAUGUGCAGAGCAGCGUAGCUGCAGCUGGUUCGCUUAGUUCAGCCUCGUCUGUUGGUGUUGUCGGUGUACCAACAAUAUCAGCAUUCAAUGUGGGCGGAACAAAUUCCCUGGUUCGAUAUCAUUUCUUGAUAAGUAUCAAUAGUAUUGAAGCAUGUCAAAAGAAUCUACAGUCAUUGGUUAAUCAUUUAGACAAAGAAUUAAGCUCAGUUUAUCAAAAUCAAGAUACCAAUUUGCAAAAGCUUCAUAUGUGUAUAACAGAGUUGAAAACAUCACUAUCAGAACAACUUCAACGACUGCUUGAUUCAGCGUUUGACCAUCUGUCAACUGCAGUGAUUCAAAGUCAAGUGAAAACAUUGUUGAACGCCUUCAAAUCGCUUAAAUAUGAUUUACUCGAAGAAGAUUUAGAUGUUUUGGCCGCCAAUGAUCCAUGGAUUGAAUCAUGUAUAGCGCAUACAGAAGAUUUUCUCAAACCGUUCAGGGCCGUUUUAUCAACUGAAAAUAAUGAUAAAUUUGUCCUAAUCCUAAUCAAUGAAAUUCUACGCCAACUGGAUCAACUUGUUCAGCGCAAAUCUUUCAGUCGUUUUGGAGCUGUUCAACUGGAGAAAGAAUAUCGCAGUUUGUUCUCCUACUUGGCGUCUAUAUCCUACAGUUCACUGCGUGAUUAUUUCACUCGUAGUCUACAGGUUUGUAGACUUUUAAAUUUGGAUCGAGUUGAAGAAGUUCACUAUUACUGGAACAAAGUAUUCUUUCUUAAGGCGCGAUUUUCAAAUGGACGAAAUUCGUAUGCUGAAACUUCAAUGAAUUGUUCGUUUUCUUUAAACUCGGGGAAUGUUAUUUUCUUAUUUCCUAUGUUUUUACUCAUUUAUCUGAAAAAAAUUAUAUUUCUUAAUCAGCUGUACUUUUUUUGGUGUUGA